AUGGGCGCCGACACUAUCAAGUCUCCGCCACCUCGCGAGGACCUUCAAAAGUCCCAGGACGCUCAGGACGAUGAGCAAAUCGAACGAACCCUCAGCCAGCUUCAGAAUGGCGGCGACCUUGGAAUCACUAUCGACGACACACCCUUUGAUCAGUCUGGAAAGGCGGACGAUGCCCAAGAUUUUGAAGACAUUAGCGACGAUGAUCUCCCGGAUGAAGAGGAAGGCAACGUCGCUACUUCCUUGUCUGUUCCAGGUCUCACCGAUGACGGAGGUACGAGUAACGACACCGACGACCUAUUUGGAGAUGGCCCUUCUUCCCCGACCGAGGCGCCCGGUCCGCCAUCACCAGCUCCACAUGUUCACGAUCCCGAUGAUGCCGAUGUAUCGCAAUACCGAGAAAUCAACUUCGACCCCGAGCCUGGCUACGAAGCUGCCAACCAGGACCCAGAGAUUCCAGCUCCCGCAGAGACCGCCGAAGACCUGGUCAAGCAAGCCUGGCCCACCUGGCAGAAGGGUGUCAUACUGAAAUGGAACGAGCUUUUGCCCCCCAAGAAGGCUCGGUGGAUCGAGAAGAAGCCUACCAAGAGACCAAAGACGCUUAUGUUUUCCAAACUGACAUUGGAUCUGGCUGCCGAUCAGGAGAAGCUCUUCCGCAUUCCCGGGCCUGCUACUGUGACCCGCAAACAGAGGCGCAUUGACGACGACGCCAAAGGCCUUGUGACGUGCGCCUUGCAGGAGUCUUCUGAUGAGGCCGAAGCGGAAGAAUUCAACCUGGAGCAGGACUCGGACUCGGAGGCAGUGGCUGGGUUCACGCUCCACGACAUUGAGAUGGUGUGCGAUGACUGGUCCAUUCGCAUCGAGCAGGCCGAGCAAGACUUCAACAAUCAGAAGGCUCAAGAAGCAGCGGCCGAGGCUGCAGCGGCUGCGUCUCUCAAGCGCGCCCACGACGAUGCUUUUGACUUUGACUGGGAGGCUGAAUUCCUUGAGGACGAAGAAUCAAAGCCGCCACCACGGAAGAAGACGCGACCCCCGCCGCCGAAGGGGUUGCCCGAGAUUCCUCGAUUCACCGCACCCUCAUUCGACUCCUUCGAAGAUGUAACCAAACGUGCAUCCAAACGAGUUGUCCUCGACCUGAACGACCCUUACCUAAUUUUGGAAGAAGCCGAAUCACAGCGCGGUCCCAAGCGCCAGCGUAUUGAGCAUAAGAUGACGCGCAUGGCCAAUGGUCACAUGAGACCCGACUUAUCCUCUCGCUUCAACAUGUCUAACGAUGACGCGUACGAGGCACUGAAGGAGAAUCACCAGCACAAGGUCAGAGCGACUCUGGGCAACCUGGCUGUUGAGCACAGCAUGCCGGCUCUCAAACUUGCAUGGCCCUUCUACAAGGUCAAGCUGGACAUUCGCAGAGAUGGUUUUCAUCGACCUCACUUCAAGUUCGGCAAGCACGAGCGUCAGUUGAUCCGAUUCAGCAAGCUGGGCUUCCACAAGCGCAAAACGAUGAAGGGCAAGGCACACGAAGUUUUCAAAACUACCAAGGAUUUGGGCAUCACAGACAACUCAACUGCAGUGCUCUUCGAAUACUGCGAGAGGACGCCCCCGGUUCUCUCCAACUUUGGCAUGGGAAACCGUGUCAUCAACUACUAUCGUAAAAAGAAGAUGGACGACGAGGAGACGCCCCCGAAAAUGGAAAUUGGCGAGUCACACGUUUUGUUGCCCGAGGACAGGUCACCGUUCGCCAUAUUCGGCGAGGUUGAAGUCGGACAGACCAUGCCUACGUUGCACAACCAGAUGUAUCGGGCACCCAUAUUCAAGCACAAGCCACGGUCCACCGACUUCCUCUGCGUUCGGAGUUCCACAGGCGUGGAUGGAUCAAGUUGGUACCUGCACAAGAUCGAUCAUCUUUACGUGGUCGGCCAGACAUUUCCUUCCGUCGAGGUGCCAGGCCCUCACUCCAGGAAGGUCACCAACGCUUCCAAGAACAGAAUCAAGAUGAUCUCGUAUCGCAUGAUGAGGAGAAAUGAGCACAGCCUCGUCAACCUAUCGGAGGUAACGAAGCACAUUGCCGAUAGUACAGAUGCCCAAAAUAGGCAAAAGCUGAAAGAGUUCCUCGUCUACGCAAAGGUUGAGAAAGGUCUUUGGGGUCUAAGACCGAACGAGCAACUGAUGGAUGAAAACUCCAUCCGUGCCAUGAUCAAGCCCGAAGACGUAUGCUUGAUCGACGGCAUGCAGCUUGGCAUGCAAAUGCUGGAAGACGCAGGCUUUGACCCUAACAAUGUCAACCUCGAAGAAGAGAAUGAGGAGGCCGCCGAAGAAGAUGACGAGGAACGCACCGGUGCAGGCACCGCCAAGGGCAGCAAAAAGGCUGCCGAGAAGAACGAGGAGAAGCUGGCCGACAAGAUGGCGCCAUGGAAGACCAGCAAAGCCUUCAUUGAUGCGUGCGCCGGCAAGGCCAUGUUGAAGCUUCACGGACAGGGUGACCCCACAGGUCACGGCCUUGGUUUCAGUUUCAUCAGAACCUCCAUGAAGGGCGGUUACAUCGAGACUGUUCAGAAGGGUGGUUCCCAUACAACUGCGGCCGAUGCCAUGGCAGCCCAUCCGGACACACAGCGGAUGAAGAACGGGCACGCUUACAACGUCAAGGAACAAGAGCAAAUGUACAGAAAAGGCAUUCGCGAAAUUUGGGACAAGCAAAAGGCCAGCCUGGAGGACGGCACAGAAAAGGAUGAUGACCUCGUCGUCCCUCCACCGCCGGAUGAAGACGACCGAUUCAACCCUCAGAGAGCACAGACCCCCGCGCAUGCUGAUGAAGGAAUGAGUCAAAUCACUGGCCUGACAACAUCCACCAGUCGGAACCAGCGAAAGAAGCUCAAGAUUACCCGCGAAGUCCUCAAUGAGCAGGGCGCUGUUGAGCAAAAGGUCAUCAUCCUUGAAGACCCUGUCAUUAUAGACCGAUACAUCAAGAGAAAGAAGGAGUUGGAGUUGGAGGAUUUCAAGUACGAACUCCCGCCACGGCUACCCCCUCCCCAUCCCCUCUCCGGUCUAUCCUUCAACAUCCAUGCGCUCCCCGCUCACAUAGUCAUGUGUUUAGUAUCUACGAAGGACGACCCACCGGAGUCGCUGACGACGACCGACGUCGCCUGGUUGAGUAGGCAAUAUCCUUCAGUAGAUGCUGAACACCUGAUUGACCACCUAGCAGGAUUGAUAAGGAGCUCGAACGGCUCAACAGGAACAAGCAACGCCGUAUCGGACGAGAGCAACAGAAAGGACUCCACCGAUCCAAGAGUGGGACCGACGCCGGAUCCCCUGAAGCAGACCGGGCUGCUACUGGCACUACCCGAAAGUGUGCCAAUUGUGGACAGGUCGGACACAUUAAGACCAACAAGAAGUAUUGCUCCCUUUGCUUUCAUUCUACCUCCCCGUCCAACCUCAGACCUCAAGAGCAUGUUCAGACGUGGGGGAAACCGUCGCUUCGUUCUGCUGUGCAAGUUCCUGCGCAAGCGUCGACGGGCGUCUGUCCGUUCCCCAUCCCCGCCAGUACGAGAAGGCGAAGAGACGCAAAAGCCAAAGAGCCGCGAACCCCUAAGCCGAGGGGCCAGGCAGUCAAUGGCCAAAAAGCAGGCAGCGAAGAAGCCAGCGGCGUCCAAGGGACAGCCAAAAGAAAUGCAGCAACCAAAGGCCAAAAAGUACAAGUACAACAAGUACACUCAUAAACCGUACUGGCACACCAGCAUCGUCAACAGCAGGGAUAUACAAGCAUCUCGUAGUUCGAAUGUUUGA